AUGGGUCGCGUUCGUACUAAGACCGUCAAGAAGUCCGCCAAGGUCAUCAUUGAGCGUUACUACCCCCGUCUCACUCUCGACUUCGAGGCCAACAAGCGUAUCUGCGAUGAGAUUGCCAUCAUUGCCUCCAAGCGCCUCCGCAACAAGAUUGCCGGCUACACCACCCACUUGAUGAAGCGUAUUCAGCGUGGUCCCGUCCGCGGUAUCUCCUUCAAGCUUCAAGAGGAGGAGCGUGAGCGUAAGGAUCAGUACGUUCCCGAGGUCUCUGCCCUCGACCCCUCGCUCAACGAGUCCGGUCUCCUCGAGAUCGACGUCGAGACAAAGGAUCUCCUCAAGCACCUUGGCUUCGAUGCCAUCCCCACCACCGUCAUCCCCGUCGCCCAGUCUCAGGGUACCGAGCGUGGCAACCGCAGAGGCGGCGACCGCCGCAGGGACUAA